AUGAAUCAUCCAAACGGCAGAAUUAUUGUGGCUUGGAAUCCUAGAAGUUUUGAUGUGAGUAUUCAAGGAAGCUCAAGUCAAUGGAUGCAUUGUAUUGUGGAAGCCAAAACUGGUGAGAAGUUUGAACUCACUUCAGUGUAUGAAUUCAAUGUUGUUAAAGGAAGAGAGAGUUUAUGGAGUGAUUUGAAAAAAAUUAAGAUUGAAGUUAAAUUCCCUUGGCUUGUGUUGGGGGACUUUAAUGCUAUCUUGUCAACUGAAGAUAGACUUCGUUACACUGGAGAUGGCUCGGAUUUAUUUCCUUUUCAGAACUGUGUUCAGUAUUGUGGCCUUGAAGAUGUUAAGUUUUCUGGUUCCUUUUUUACUUGGAACAAUAAACAAGAAGGAAAAGCUAGAGUUUAUGCAAAGAUUGAUCGGGUUUUAGCUAAUGAUCACUGGCGUGAGCUGUUUGAGGCUGCUGAAGUGAGUUUCUUGCUGGAGGGAGAUUUUGAUCACUAUUUCCAUCAGAAAGUAGCUCAAAGUAGGGAGGAAGAGGUUCAUGGGAACCCAAUGUAUAGGCUGGUUGUGAAAUUGAAGAGGUUAAGAGCUGUUUUGAGAUUGAUUAAUAAAGAAGGGAAAGGUGAUGUGUUUGUUAAAGAGACAGAGUCCUUUGCUGAGUUGAUCAAAGCUCAAGAGAAGAUUAGAGAGCACCCAGGUGACAUCUCCUUUAUCCAUGAAGAGAUUACAGCCAGGAAAAAGUAUGUUGAGGCUCAUGAGGAUAUGUUACAAUUUCUUAAGCAGAAAGUGAAAAUUCAGUGGUUGAAAGAAGGGGAUCAAAACACGAAACUGUUUCAUAAUAGUAUUAGAAGCAGAAGAAUUCAAAAUGCAAUCUAUUCUACUUGGGAUCUUCAAGGGAAUCGCCAUGAUACUCAAGAUGGAGUGAGCCUUGCUUUUCAAGAGUAUUAUUCUGACUUGUUGGGAAUGAAAGUGGCGAGCAGGAAGUCUGUGAUUGCUAGUAUUGUUCAAGAAGGGCAGGUUAUUUCGGAGAGUCAAGCUGAGUUCUUGGUAAAGAGAUUUACCGAAGCUGAGGUCAAGGCUGCAGUGUACUCGAUUCCAAAUGAUAAGGCUCCAGGACUUGAUGGGUACAGCAGCGCUUUUUUCAAGCAUACUUAG